AUGGUAAAAAUCUCAACCCAAACUGAUCUUUUAACAGAGGAUAUAUUGAUUAUGAUCUUUACUUAUCUUCCACUAAACUCAAUUUUCAAGUUUAAAUGUAUCUGUAAGCUAUGGCUUUCUGUUCUCACAAAGCCUGAUUUCAUGACCAAAUGGUUUCAUUUUAACACCAUAAAUAAGUCUCUCCCAUGGAUUCAAGUUCACAAUAGUUUUUCUCAUAGAAAGAAUGAUCCUUUGAAACUUAUGUAUAGGAUUGCAUAUUCUGAUCUAAAUUUUCAACUUGGGUUUCUAAAAUCAAACCCUUUUGGAGGAAAAUUACACCUUUUAGGUUCUAGUAAUGGUCUAUUACUUUGUAAAUCAGUAAGUUCAGUUGAUGAGAUGAGUACUUAUUAUGUUUGUAAUCCACUUACUGCAAAAUGGGUUUCCAUUCCUUCACCCCCUCAGUCCAAAGGACUUGGUGUUACUGGUUUCUUUUGUGAGAACUCAUCAUCCUGCAGUUCCCUAAGUUAUUUUAAGGUUGUACAUAUUCCAAGUUUUGAGAUGCCUUCCAAGGAAUUCAACAUUGAUAUAUUUUCUUCUGAUUUGGAUGAAUGGAUAUCUUGUGAAGUUUCGUGCUCUCAAUAUAUCGAAUGGAAUGUUCCUCUUAUUAACAACGUUAUUACACAUAAUGGUGUUGUGUAUUGGAUUGAAGGGAGAAAUAGGAUACUAGUGUACGAUCUCAGCAACAAUACAACUGUUGGUGGUCAAUGUAGUUUGAUCUACUUGCCUGAAGAGGAGUUUGAUGGCUUCAUUAGAGCUCCCAAUCCAUUUCAUACCUCUCGAAGUCAAUUUCUCGGGGAGUCAGAAGGCUUGAUUUGUUAUGCUAGAAUUAGCAGAAAUCAGAGAACUUUGAGUGUAUGGGUCCUUGAAGAGGACAACUGGCAAUCAGUGCACGAGGAUAUUGAAUUGCAAGAUAUCUCAGCGAAAAAGGAAUCUCGGAUGGUAGAAGGAGCAAUUCAGGUUUUAGGUUUCAGUCCAGUAGACCGUGACAUUGUUUUGCUCGGUUGCAAGAACUAUGUCUGGGGGUUCAGUAUGCAAACCAGAAGAUCUGAAGAGCUCUCCUAUCCGUCAUUCUCAGCUAAUACUCAUUCAGAUAGUGGGGAUAUCAUGCUCUUGCCAUUUGUGCUAAAACCAAUGCCAACAUUACUUCCACCUCCCUUUUAG